CACUCGUGGGUCACAGGUGCUAAAAAGCAGCAUAAAAAUUUCCUUUUGGGGGACCGGAUCGCCACGUGAUCUGGGUGAUCUCUCGAAUCCAUCGUCAUCAGCUCCUCUGAUUCCCCCACUUCCCUCUCUCGCUCUCAGAAGUCAGGACCCUAACGAAUUCCGCUUCUCUUCCGCUUUCUCUAAACCCUAGGUUUACUCUUCUCUGGCCCCGGCGUUGCCACACGGACUUCUUCACGUUCUCGCGGUGGACGAAGUCGAGAUGUACGCGGACCGGAUUGAGGCGGGGCGCAAGAGAUCCAUCAAAGAUCGCCUCAACGGCGAUCUCGUGGAGGAUCUGGGCCGGGCGAGGCCGCGCAGCGGGAAGAGGCAACGGCAAAAUGAUGACAAAUGGACACAUGAUCUAUAUGAGGCUGAUGAGCAACCUCAGACCUCAAAAUCCAUUGGCCCCAAAGAUCUUCGAUUGAAGCUCCAGAAGAAGGGUCUGCAGCAAGCUGUUCAAGUUGGGAAGGGUUCAGGAGUGCGGGAUCUUCGUGAAAAGCUUUCUGGUACAAUGCACCCUCAGCCAUCAAAUACUGAUAUGACAAAAGCUAGGCCAGUGUCGGAGAUUGCUAAACUCAUUAAGAAAAAUAUCAGUUCUGUUGAAGCACCCGUACCAGAAACCAAAAAAAUCUCCAACCCAACUUCAUCUAGAAAGACAUCUCAGAAAAAGUCUGAAUUGUCGGUAGAUGGUUUCCUUCGUUCUCUGGGCCUUGAAAAGUAUGUCAUAACAUUCCAGGCAGAGGAGGUUGACAUGACGGCUCUUAUGCACAUGACUGAUGAUGAUCUCAAGGCUCUGGGAAUUCCAAUGGGUCCGAGGAAAAAGAUACUUUUGGAAUUGGAAUCAAAAACUUAGGCUGGUCGCCAAUUAUGUAGAUUAUGGAACUUGCAUGGGAGGAGGUUUCAAAGUGUGGUCGUCCCUAAAGCAAGUCUUUUCUUUUCAUUCCCUUUCACCUUCCCGCAUGCUCUAAUACAUCUGACCUGAUCAAGUGGCUAUCAGGAUUUUUUUAAUAUGGCUACUGUAUACUUGUACUGUGGAAGACUGGAAUGUCGAGGCCCAGAUUGGUGAUAUGCAUUUGAGCCCGUAUGAUUCUCCUGCGUGGAUUGCUCACUCGUAAAUGCAAAUUGAGGUUUGCUGAGUAACCACAUAAUCUGCAGAAUAUCACAGCCCUUUCGGCUUUACUCUUGCAGUUCUUUUGUGGAAAUUUAUACUUCCAGUCAUUCUUU